CAUCCUUUGUUCACUCGACCAGCCUUUUUCUUUACUUUCGCCCUUUGUGAUGGCUCGUGAGCGGAAUUUGCCUUCAGCAGAAUAAGUUUCGGCCAGGAACAUCAUUAUUAAGCGACCUCUGUCUGUAGUCUAUAUAGCUACCCUCUGGGGACCUUCUCGAGCUUUUCUCCCAUCUCGAUUAUUGAUUGCCCACCCACGUUCACCAUGGAGGACCAGCUCAUAGUCUCGGAUCUCAUCCAUAUCCGCAACAUCCACUGCGGAUCCUGCGUGAAGGCCAUUUCGGCAAUUCUCAACUCUCUUCAACCCUCACCUAUCAAAAUCGAAACAUCCGUCGCUGACAAAACCGUCCGCGUCGACCACUCCGACGAGCUCUCCAGCCAGGCUAUCCGCUCUGCACUCAAGCAUGGUGGUUUCGAACCCGUCAUCUCUGCAGACGAGGCUGCCAAACCCCACACAACUCUUGCUGAUGCUGCGUUCUCGUCAAAGCCGUUCCCGUUCAACAUCGCCGCCAAUUGGUAUCGUCGUCGCAACCAUCGUCAGUUCUGCGACUCGUGCCACUCUGAUCACGCGCCGCUGUUCCAGCGGAAAAAGCAGUCGGCUGGUGACUCUGUCACUAUGACCAGCGUCACCGAGGAGAGUGAGGAAGACGAAAAGACCGAAUAUCGAGCUAUUUUCUCGAUCGGUGGCAUGUCCUGCGCGUCUUGCACCAACGCAAUCACUGCGACUGUCAAAGAGAUACCAGGAGUUCUCGAAAUUGGUGUCGAUCUGCUCGGAAACUCAGCCACCGCUGUUCUGGCCACAAAGAGCUUGGCGGACACCAUCAAAGAAUCUAUUGAGGAUAUGGGCUACGAAUGCGACAUUGUCGAGGUUUUACCGGUAUCCCAAUCAGGAGAGCAGAAGAAGACAUGGAAGGUCACCGCGUCUAUCGGUGGCAUGACUUGCGCAUCUUGUGUCAAUGCUUUGACUGAGUCGUUCAAGCCUCUGGAUUUUGUUCUGGAGACGAACAUUACUCUCCUGACCAACUCUGGCACGUUCAUCGUCAAUACACCGAAGAAAGUCGACGUUAUCCGCGAUACCAUCGAGGAUAUCGGAUAUGAAUGUGGCGAAAUCACCGUUACAGAGGACAGAACCUCUGUGUUGAAAGCCCAGUCCCGUACAGUCAUGAUUCGCGUUGACGGAAUGUUUUGCGAUCAAUGUCCCAAGCGUAUCAACGAAGUACUGGAAGGAUUCGGAAAAGCUCUGGAACUUCACUCUGGUCCUGUCACGCUCGACAAUAACGUCAUCCGUCUUUCAUAUGUCCCGUCUGUGCCCACCGUCACUCUCCGAGCAAUCAUCAAGGAUCUCAGCGCACUUUCGCAUCAAUUUACCUUCACCAUUAUCCACCCUCCCACUCUCGAAGAGCGUGCUCAGCAGAUCGCGAUCGCCGAGCGGCGCAGAUUGUUGCUGCGAUUGAUACUGAGUGUCGCGGUGGCCAUUCCUACUCUGAUUAUCGGCGUAAUCAUGAUGAUGGUUUUGCCUAAGACAAACAAAUACCGCGUCUGGGCGAUGGAACCUAUCUGGGCGGGUCAGGUAGCGCGAGGAGUCUGGGCCAUGUUCAUCAUGUCUACGUUUAUCUACUUUUUUGCGGCGGAUAUCUUCCAUCGUAAGGCUUACAAAGAGCUUCGAAGCCUUUACCGCCCCGGAGUUCCUUUCACCAGAAGGUUGUUCAGAUUUGGAUCUAUGAACUUAUUGAUGAGUCUGGGUACUUCUGUGGCUUACUUUGCUAGUAUCGCCCUUUUGGCACUUGAAGCGACCAUGGAUCCGACCACAGGCCAGAUGACGAUGAAGCGAAGUGAGACCGAUAAAACGAAAUCGAGCUACUCCACGACGUACUUCGAUUCAGUCGUGUUUCUCACCAUGUUCCUUCUCGUCGGCCGUCUCCUCGAGGCGUAUUCUAAAUCAAAGACUGCCUCGGCGAUCUCGCUGCUAACCAGCUUGCGGCCUCGUACAGCUCUGUUGGUUGACCCGGAGACUGAUAAGACAGAGGAGAUUGAUAUCGAUUUCCUUGAGAUUUCCGAUACCGCUAGAAUCUUGUCUGGAAUGUCACCUCCAGCGGACGGUGUCAUUAUUUCCGGAACUGCAGAUUUCAACGAGUCUGCGCUAACUGGCGAAGCCCUGCCUGUGUCGAAGGGACCCGGUGACCAGGUCUUUGCUGGUACCUCGCAUGCUGGUGGUGGUACCGUUACUAUGCGAGUCGAAUCUCCAGAGGGAGGGACGAUGCUCGACCAAAUCACCAAUGUCGUUCGCCAGGGACAGAUGAAGCGAGCGCCGAUCGAACGUGUGGCCGAUGUUUUGACUGGAUAUUUUGUGCCCUGUGUGACCUUGAUUGCCGUCAUAGUCUUUGUUGUCUGGCUUGCUCUCGGUCUGUCGGGAUCACUUCCUGACAGCUACCUUGAUAUCGACGUUGGCGGAUGGCCAGUUUGGGCCCUUGAGUUUGCCAUUUCUGUCUUUGUCGUCGCGUGCCCCUGCGGAAUCGGUCUUGCUGCGCCUACUGCCCUCUUUGUUGGUACGGGAAUUGCUGCCAAGAACGGAAUUCUUCCUCGCGGAGGCGGUGAGGCGUUCCAGGAAGGAUCGCAGAUUGACGUGGUCGUUUUCGAUAAGACUGGAACGUUAACCGAAGGCGGAGCGCCAAAGAUCACAGACACCCUGUUCCUGUCGGAGGAUUGCAAGCCUCUGGCUAUUCAGAUUGCUCGCGACUUGGAGCUGAACUCUACUCAUUUGCUUGCGCGUGCGUUAGUCGAUUACGCAGAGCAGGAAAAUGCUCUUGGCGAAGUCGAGUUUGAGCUUUCGUCUGAAGAAGAGAAGGACCAGCAGUCUGCAUCUUCGGACUCGGAUGACUUGGAUGAGAAGCUUGCGCGAUCGGUGACUCUUGAUGAUAGCGGUAGAUCAAAGUAUCGGGUUCAUCUCGGUCCGGUCAAGGUCGAUGACAUCUCAGAGAAAGCAGGCCGUGGUCUCCGCGGUCGUGUCAUUGGUCUUCAACCUGGCGUUGCGGACGAAGAGAGAAUAGUCGAAGCGAUCAUCGGAAACGAGAAAUACAUGAUUGAAAACGGCGCUGAAUUGACAAAGGAAGAAGACGCGGCGAUGCUAGAGUGGAAGAAGGAGGGAAAAUCAGUGAUGCUUCUCGCUGUCCGGAAGAAGACGCAGAAGGAAUUCAAGGUUCUCGCGCUUUUCGCUGCUGCUGACGCGCUCCGCCCUGAGGCGAAGUAUGUCGUCGAGCAACUUCAGAAGCGGGGAAUCCAGACUUGGAUGAUUUCGGGCGAUAACGAGAUCACAGCGAAAGCCGUCGCGAGUCAGGUCGGAAUUCCUGAGGCUAACGUGAUUGGUGGUGUUCUUCCCCAGGAGAAGGCAGAGAAAAUCACCUGGCUGCAGAAGACUGCGUCAGUGGAGAACGGGAAGAAGGGAAGUAUUUUCCUCGGAAGGAACCGAAAGGAGCGAUCUGUGGUUGCCAUGGUUGGUGACGGUAUCAACGACGCACCGCCUUUGACUGCUGCGGAUGUUGGAAUUGCUAUCGGAUCCGGCUCCGAGAUUGCGCUCUCGUCUGCAAAGUUCGUGCUGAUGUCCUCCGACCUCCGGCAAAUCCUGACGCUCUUCGACAUCUCCAAAGCGGUGUUCAGACGGGUCAUGUUCAACUUCAUGUGGGCUGGAAUCUACAAUUUGAUUGGAAUCCCAAUCGCUGCGGGUGUUAUCUAUCCUGCCAAUCAUGCGCGGCUGGCGCCUGCUUGGGCCAGUCUUGCGAUGGCGCUCAGUUCGGUGUCGGUUGUCUGUUCUUCCUUGGCGUUGAAGUUAUAUCGGCCAAAGAAGUAUGUAUAUUAGAGAGGGGUUGUCCUGAUUUUUGUUUGGCUUGUAUUAUAGGCAAAUAAGUGGUUGCAUUAGGUUGUCAUAUAAUGAUUGUGGUUAGUUGGUGAGUAAUGAAUUUGAGU